AUGGGGGUCCAUGAAUGUCGAGCUUUUAUCAAUGGAAUGCAGGACAAGUUCCCUCUGUUUGCGGCGUAUUCGGUUCCUGUCGAAGAUGCUCAAAUCGGAUUGUAUCAAUUCAUGAAACCGGAAGAUUCGAACGGUCUAUGGUUGGAUGUUAACUUUCAACCAGCAACCAUAAGGUUUAGCGCCCGCGUCACCCUUAUUCGCGAGAAAGACUCUUUGGAGAUGACGGUUUAUCUGGAGAUUUGCCACAGGGACGUUUCCAGAAUCGAUCUGAAAAAAGAACGCAAUUCUUGUCUGCUUUCGAUCGAGUACACAAAAAUCACCGUCGAACCGGAGGUGUUAACUGUAGACCAGAAAGGAUGCCUUACCUUCACGAUUCUGCCGUCAUUCGACUGCACUUAUCUCACGGACGACGUUCUACCGGAAGUUCGGACGAAUGCCGACCGUUUAGAAGAUUCGGAGCAACCCUGCACAACCAAUCUCGAUGGAUUAUUGAAUGUGUCCCUAUUGGAUUCGAUUGUUUCGGGACCUGCCAACAGCCUGAACGCUCAUAACAUGGAGGAUCAAUCUCCUCGAUUACGUGAUAAUCGAGAUGCAAUCGAAAAGCACCGCAAUAUCCGAUGUCAGAUGUUGGACAACACCAGCUCGAUUGGAAGCAACAAGGAAAAUGUAAAACCCCCGUCAAUUUCAGAUGUUAGGGUUGAGGUGCAGGAUGUUCAGCGUUUGCGAGUGUUUGAAAAGCUCCAGCAAGACUGUCAACGUCAGCAGACAAGGCUGAGUCGUAGCUCGAGACGAAAUUCUCCGGACAAAUGCAAUCAGAAGAACGAGCCGGUUAAUCCUCGUUUGAAUGACGGCAAGAAACGAAAACUGUUCGCUAAGCAAGCGGAACCAGAUAACAUGAACGUUAGCAAUGAUUCGCAGAUUCAACGCAGCAAAUAUGUCGACAGGAAGUUGGUGAAUACCGUGAAACCCAUCCAGACGUUGGACGUGAAACCUUUGAAAUUGAUCCAAAAUAUUGGCGAAGAAAGAAUUGAUCUUUUAAGUGAACCAUCCACAUCGGAAAUGAUGUCCAACGACGAGUUUGAUCGAUCCCUUCAGGCGUUCAUCGACCAUAACGGCAUAUUUGGAAUCGCACAGCAGAAAAUUUUGGACACAAAACUGGAAAAGAACAUCCGAAAAAUCAAUCAGAUGGUGGAACGUACUACAAAGAAAUUCUUCAAGCGUGAACCAGCUCCGGAGAAUCCUUACGAUUUCGUCAAUACGGAUGACAAUGAUCAAACCGCCCGAAAAGGUGGAAAAUCCGCCGCUGGCAAAGGAAAACGAAAGUCACCGAAAACAAACGAUGGACAUGUUUCGUCGAUGAAAAAAGCCAAAAACGUUGCAAACCAGUCUCUUCGCACUAAGAACGCUAAGCCCACCUCUUCAAAAAAAGGUAAAAAGCAAACAUCUCCAAAGGCAGCAGACCCUCUAGUGCCAUCUCGAGCUUCAUUACCUCGCGCCAAGAAGCCUGAUCGUAUCAUCGACUUGGCAUCAGAUUCGGAAGAGGAAGCUGUUGUGAUUGGGAAUACCUUCCAGAACCUGGACAUCUCUUCGAUUGUUCGAGAUCCAGCCAAGCCGAAGAACCCCGUUGCCCAGCAGCUAUUUGCCAAAUCAACACCGGUCGGGGGAGCAAAAAGCAAGAAGCGUUCGAUUGAUCACAUAGUAGAUGCACAGCAGAAACAGGAAAAGGUGGCCAAGAAACAGCGUGUUCCUCUGUUGGAAAUCAAUGCUAACAAUAGCACUAUUGUAACGCGUCGGAAUUACAAGAAGAGUUCAACUCCGAGUGCUCUACAGCAGACGGCGGCCGCUUUGAUCGAGCAGGAAAAAUACAAAGCACAAUCUCUGCAAACUUCAUCGUCUAUUUCGGACCACAGUGUGCGUACUGAAAUUUCCAUGGAAUUUCCGGGCGCCCAUAACCAGUUACCUAUGGAACCGCCCACAUUGACGGAAGCCAUGAUUCGCCAGUACCAAAGCUUCGAUAGCGAUGAACCGAUUUCACAGUCCCUCGAAGUCAAUCCAAGUCCUCUGCCCGUCCCGGCGGUUGAAAGUCAAUCAAAAACUAACGCUGACGUGUUCGCUUCGAAGUUCAAUAUGAACUACGCUGCUAAUCGGUACACGCUGAAAAAGUUCAUUUCGAACAACGAUCCAACCUAUAACAGCGACGAAGAGGUUUCUCCUGCCCAUUUGGCAACCAAGCUGCCAAACGAUGGCAAUGAGUCUGUCCUCAGUGAAAAUAUUCGCGUUGGCCAUGAUACUGCCAAUCCUCCAUCAUUGAGAGAUGAUUCGAUUGAUUUGCAGUUGUCAGAUGGUAGCGUUGUGUUGAAUGAGACGCAACCACCGUAUUAUCCAGCCACGCCGAAAGCUCAGCCGGUUCGUUUUGAUUGCAAUAACCAAAAAGAACGCAAGGAUUCGGAAAAGCGUGCCAACGACAUGAAUUCAACGAAACAUGUUUCGACCAGUGGUGCAGGGAACCAGAAUAAAACUAAUAGAUCGAUCGUACAGGCGGCUCUAUUCAACAAUCCUCCUGCAAUGGACGCUAUGAUGAUUGACGAAUUCAGCGCCAAAUUACAUCAGGAGCUGAACCCAUCGUUGUCCGACUUCGAGCAAAAGGUGGACAAACUGGCAGGAAUGAAGGCGGCAUUCGAACCUGAUCUUUCCGGGCUCCACAUAAAAGAGAUCAAUCAAAAAUGCGUCGAAAUCAUGUCGCUGGAAGAUAGAUUGGAUGAACUUCUUACCGAACUGGCCGAACUGUGCAACGAUGCAGUAGAGAAGUCGGAUCGGGUAACGAUCAGUGCCGAUAAGCUGGCAAGAUAUACAGAAUCCAAGGCAAACUACUACAAAGAACGCGUACAAAGGGCUCGUCAGGAGAUUCCAGGAAUCGUGGAUGAGUGUGUCAAGAGCGUUUGGAAUCAGCAGGUGCGAAUUCGGCUCAGUCAGGUGGAGCUCCUGAUGACGAAGAUGCUAAUGUGAGCGGUCGAAGGUGGUUGAUAUUUGAACUAUUACCUAAUCUUUUUGAUGAUAAAUAAUAGCGUAUAUCAGGCGUCAUUUUAGAAGUAUUAUGAAUUAGAUCGGUAUUUUUAUGAUAUGUUAGGUUUAUCUGGUCAGGUUAUGAAUUGUGAGUAAAUUUGAUCUUGAACUGUGAAGAUGAA